ACCAGCGACAGUCCGCGGCUGCUACAGCGUCGCUGCGCUGCGGAGUGCGGUAUUCACAGAGCGGAAGAUGGCGACUGAAUGGAGCCUGCAGAGAAACCUCCGGAGCUGAUACCGGGGGGGAAGGAGAGGAAAUAUACAAACUCAGAGCCUGUAAAGACCACGUCCAAAAACAACGACAAUUAUGUCCCGCUCCCCUGACAAUGAAGAUGGAUGCUUUGUUGCCAUGGAUACAGAGGAGGACAGUGCAGAGCCUGCUGGGAUUUCAGACGAAGUAGAGUCAAAGAUGGGGUCCUGUCAUGAAGAAGGGAACAUGGACAGUUGUACAAAUGGCGAAGGGAGAACAAUGGUGGAGUUGCCAGAGGAAGUUCUUGAAUAUAUUCUGUCCUUUCUCUCACCUUACCAGGAGCACAAGACUGCUGCUCUAGUUUGUAAGCAAUGGUAUCGCUUAAUUAAAGGUGUUGCUUAUCAGUGCUACCACGGUUUCUUGAGAGCUGUUCAGGAGGGAAAUAUCCAGUGGGAAAGCCGAACAUACCCAUAUCCAGGAACCCCCAUCACUCAGCGCUUCUCACACAGUGCAUGUUAUUAUGACUCAAACCAGUCCAUGUAUGUGUUCGGGGGUUGCACUCAGAGUAGCUGCAACGCUGCCUUCAAUGAUUUGUGGAGACUUGACCUCAACAGCAAGGAGUGGAUCCGACCCUUAGCCUCAGGCUCUUAUCCAUCUCCUAAAGCUGGAGCGACUCUAGUGAUGCACAAAGACCUGUUAGUGCUUUUUGGGGGAUGGACUCGCCCCAGCCCAUAUCCACUGCACCAACCAGAAAGGUUUUUCGAUGAAAUCCACACUUACUCACCUUCAAAAAACUGGUGGAAUUGUAUCGUAACAACACAUGGGCCUCCUCCUAUGGCUGGUCACUCCUCCUCUGUCAUUGGAAACACCAUGGUGGUGUUUGGGGGAUCACUAGGAGCACGUCAAAUGAGUAAUGAAGUCUGGGUUCUGGAUCUGGAGCAGUGGUCUUGGUCCAAACCAUCUAUAUCAGGCCCAUCACCACACCCGCGUGGAGGCCAAUCUCAAAUUGUGAUUGAUGAUCAGACUUUGCUCAUCUUGGGAGGUUGUGGUGGCCCUAAUGCACUUCUUAAAGAUGCCUGGCUCCUCCACAUGGAAACACCUCCGUGGAGGUGGCAGCAGCUGCAGGUGGAAAACGAGGACCAUGGGGCCCCGGAGCUGUGGUGUCACCCGGCUUGUCGAGUGGGCCACUGUGUGGUGGUUUUCUCACAGGCUCCAUCUGGUCGCGCACCUCUCAGCCCAAGUCUUAACUCGAGGCCCUCCCCCAUAAGUGCCACACCUGCCCCUCUGGGCCCUGAACCGCCUUCCUUGCGCUCUCAUUCUCCAGUUCGGAGUGGAGCUGCUGGUGUUGUCUUGGGAGCCGUUGAAGAGGCUCCGUGCGUAAAUGGUCGGUGGGGCACGUUGAGACCUCGACCCUCAGCCAGAGGAAAUGCAAGAGAUGGAAGUCCAUCUUCAUCACAACAGCAGUCUCCUCUACAAGGCCCAGACAGCCCUCCUCUUCCUCCACUUCCCCCAUUAUUAAACGGCUCCUCCCCUUCACCAAGGACCAGUCCGGCUCAGGCUGCGUCUCCUCCCUCCCGCCCUCAACCGCCUGCCUCCACAGACUAUGGCUGGGAGUCCCCUCCUACUGCUGCUCACCAACCAGAGGUACCCAGCACUAACGGCCUGCACACUCCUCCUUCAGGCUCUCCUUGCACUCCUCCAGGAGCGGUAUCCCCUGCUGCCUUACGACGAGGUCUGGAGGCAGUAAAAAACAAAUCAUCAUUAUCAUUACCAUCUUCAUCAUCUUCCUUUCAGACACAGGGGGCUUCCCCUGGAGGAGGAAGCAGCAGUGGUGGUGGAGGAGCAGGACCUCCUGGAACCCCUCCUUCAUCAUCCUCCAGUCCUCCGCAGGCUGCAGGAGCUGAUGGACAUGCUAUCCCACCUAUUGCAAGGCGUCUUGGCCAUCACCCGCCUCAGAGCCUAAACGUUGGGAAACCUCUGUACCAGUCCCUUAACUGCAAACCCAUGCAGAUGUAUGUGCUGGAUGUGUCCCGGGCCAAAUCUGCAAGGGUGGUGUCUUGGAGAGUUUAUGGAAACGGGACUCCUGCUGCAGUCACAGGGCCACCAGAGACCAGCCUUCACACUGUGGUACAGGGCCGCGGAGAGCUCAUCAUUUUUGGGGGACUCAUGGACAAAAAACAGAAUGUGAAGUAUUACCCUAAAACCAACGCCUUGUACUUUGUACGCGCCAAAAGGUAAUGCAGCUCCAGGCAGAAUGGGGGAGACAGAUGCUCCACCCUGUGACCACACAAGGGAUUUGACACACAAGGCCUUUUUCCUAUACAGAGGAUUAUGGGAAAAGAACAUAAUCAUUGUUAGAUGUUCCACUUCAGAAAUUCACUAUUCUCUCUUCAGCCUACUGCAAGCUUUCGAAAUAAAACACUUUAACUACACUUUGAUAAAAAUGUUUGAUUGAAUGAGAAUCCUGACUGUGUGUGUGUGUGUGUGUGUGUGUGUUUUUGUGUGUGUUUUCGUGAGUGCAGUGGUUAAAAAGAACAGGACAAUUCUUUAUUGUUCUGCAAAAGGUGAUCGACCAAACAAGAACAUUUCUGUUUUUCUGUGUCAGCCUCCUCUGAACUUUUGAGAGAGGAACCCGUGAAGAACAGGGCCUAGAAACAGGAGCAGUUGAAGACUACCUUGCUUUUUGUAUCACUCUUUAAGCCUGCAAUGUUUACAUUGACGACUGUGAGUGUGUGUGUGUGAGUGUAUGUUAUGUGUGCACGGUGGUGGUUAAAAGUUGUCGACUUAUGUAGGUCAGGGGCCAUGGUGGGUGAGGGAUGUGGCACUGUACUAUAAACAUGGUUUGAACAAUAAAGGCCUCCAUGUCCCCUCUGUCA